AUGCCGCCUCUCGACAGCUCUCCGACCCCUGUCACUGCUUCACAGAGCCGUUUUACCACUUUCCACACCUCCUUGGCAUACAAGCAGAGCCAUAGGAGGAAAAGCUGUGUUCACAAGGAACUAGAGGCUGCGAGGAAAUGGGCCAACAAAUGGGGGUUUUUAGCGACAUCUCCUGAGGAGUUGAUCAAAAAAGAAAAGAAAGAACCCUCUAAACCUAAGAUUGAGCUUCCAGAACAUUUACAGAUCCGACCUCUGACACCACUGGAAAAAUAUAUUAAGGCCAAUCCAUCUCCUCCAGUCCCUAAAACUACUCAGGGGUUUAUUGGCUGGAGAUCAUCUGUGCCAGGGCUGAAACUUGAACAUGGUUAUCAAAUCCGAAGCUGCAAAGGUGCCUUUCACAAGGAUUUGCGGUGGCCAGAUGGACCCUGUGAUUGACAUGAAGAAAUAAUGAAUAAGCUUAUUGAUCCAUUUGUUUUCUCAACCUAAGUUGAAUAUUCAAUAGUACAAACAGCAGACUUUAAGUAGAUAGUAAAGCAUAAGUAUUUACAUGAUAUCAGCAAUAUACUUGGCAAGAUGUGAGAAAUUUAGUUUAGCAUAUCAGUUGUUCAUGUUUUGUUGAAACCUGCAGUAUACAACCUGUUAGUGCUGCUUAGGUUUUACUGAGAAAAAUUGCUCUGUUAAGACCAAUGGACAAAUACAGCUCCUCUUAAGAUUAGCAAGAGCGUGAUUUGAAUCCCAUUCCUGUCCUCAUACCCCCGUAAGAAAAUAUUUUUGUAGAAUAGUGAGUGCAUGUAUCUGUAAUAUUUUCUCAUCUCAUGGCUCUCAUUUCCUGUGCCUUAUUUUGAAAGAAUCAUCAAGAAAUGAAAAAAAGGAAAAUCCAGGGAAUUAUAGACCUAUCAGACUGACGUCCAUCCCUGGAAAGAUCUUGGAGAAAAUCAUCAAGGGAUUCAUCAGCAACAGGCUAACAGAAGGUAACCUUCUGAGUGCCAGCCAACAUGGCUUUGUUGCUGGAAGGUCUUGCCUGACCAACCUCGUCUUCUUCUAUGACCAGAUGACACAUUGCCUGGACAAAGGAGACGAGGUUGAUGUCAUAUACCUGGAUUUCAAGGAAGCCUUUCACUUGGUUCUUCAUGAUGUCCUCAUGGUUAAACUGGGGAACUGUGGCCUCAACCAUCUCAUGGCCUGAUGGCUAAGGAACUGGCUCUGGGGACGGACCCAAGGAGUACUAGUUGAUAGGAACAAAUCAACACGGCGCGAGGUAACCAGUGGUGUCCCUCAGGGCUUAGUACUCAGGUCAGUACUGUUCAACAUCUUCAUUAAUGACCUGGAUUUGGGCAUCAGAUGCAGACUAGCAAAAUUCACAGACGACACUAAACUAUGGGGGAAGGCGGUCACACUGGAAGACAGUGGCCCACCUGGACAUGGUGGAUGGACCAAAACCUCAUGGCAUUUAAUGUGGAGAAGUGCAAGGUGCUCCACCUUGGAAGGAAAAACCAGCAUCAUACUUAUACACUCAGCAGUGCUUCAUUCGCUAGCACCAUGACCAAAAGAGACUUGGGGGUCUUGAUUGACCACAAGAUGAACAUGAGCCACCAAUGUGAUGCCGUGGCCAACAAAGCAAACCAAACACUGGCAUGUACCCAUGGAUGCAUCUCAAGCAAAACCAAGGAUGUCAUCCUCCCACUCUAUUUGGCCUUAGUGAGGCCACCGAUGGAGUACUGUGUCCAGUUUUGGGCCCCCCACUUCAGGAGGGACGUGGAUAAGCUUGAGAGAAUCCAGAGCAGAGCCACCCAUAUGAUCAAAGGCCAAGAGAGCAAAUCUUAUGAGGAGAGGCUGUGGGACGUGGGACUC